AUGGAGCACAAGCGAAGCCGAGAAGAGGAGGAAUCUUGCAAUUCGCCGUCAUCGCCCAAGGCGAAGCGCUUCCACGCGGACAUACUCCUCGGAAUCUUCGAUGACGGCGAUCAAGAAGACGACGUGGGCGGCCGGGAGGCCCCCUUCGACGUCCCCGAGGAACUCGCCACCGUGAUGAGGAGCCUGGAGCGGGAGAUCGCCCUCGCAGCCCCCUCCUCUUCCUCCGCCUCGCCGUUGCCGGAGCUGGGGUACCUCUUGGAGGCUUCCGACGACGAGUUGGGGAUACCGCCGGCGGCUGAGGAGGAGCGCGGGGGCGGCGUAGAGGCGGAGAGAGCCGCGGCGAUGUGGCUCGGCGACGAUGAUGGGAUGUCCGGGUACGGUUAUGAUGGGUUGGGCUUCGGGUUCGUCCGGUUUGAGGAGGCGGAUGAUGAGGUGGACGACGGUGGGCCGUUCGAUUACGCCAGAGAUGACAUCUGGAUUGUCUGA